AUGGAUUCUGAAGAAAGAGGAGGUCCCAACGAUAUCGUCGGUGCCACUGGACAUGCCAGACAUCGUUUGAGUGUUAGCCGGACCAAUCUUCCGCUGAGGGUGUCUGUGGAGGACCAUUUUCGACGACACAGCCUGGUUAUGGGCACUGGUAGAGUGGCUUUGGCCCCAAACUGCGCUCAACUGGAACCACCAGAAGAACCGCUGGAUAUCCCGCCGCCGCCUUACGAUGCAACCCUCCCCAUCCCCCUCCUCUCCAACCUGCGCCGGAAGUUCAACGUCCAACCCCGCGAAGACGAAGGCCAGGAGGUCCUCCCGCCGUACUCAUGCGCCAUCAGCCUCGAGAAUGUCUUCCUGAGGAAGAUGGAGCUGGAAGGGGCGGUGCAUCGUGCCCAUGAUAGGAAUUGGUAUCCGGUGUUGGCGACCUUACAGGGCACGGCACUGACCUUCCACAAAACCAAAAGCGGCAACGUCUUCGCCAAGAUCGAGGGAGGGACGAGGAAACACGAUUCCCCGGCUGGAGUGAAGCGUGUGCAAGUGAUCAAAAGCUAUAACCUGCAGCAUGCGGAAGUCGGGGUGGCUGCAGAUUAUACCAAAAAACGCUUCGUGAUUCGAAUUCGCGCGGAAGCAGACCAAUUCCUCCUCUCCUGUCAUAAAAUCGAGACAUUCGUUAUAUGGCUACAAUCGCUCUUCGCAGCCAUUGACCUCGCGACCCCCCUGGACGACCGCGACCUCCCCUCCGAUGUCUGCGUUCCACGUCCUCGACGACGACGUGGCAAUAAUCAGCGCAAUGGAGGCCAGGGACAAGACCAAGACAUGCCUGUUGCAGAUGACACCUUACUUGGUAGUUCGGACACAGGAGAGGAAUCAGAGGGUGAAAAUCUAGUGCUAGUAACCGCAUCUCUCCUCGCGACCCCAGCCGAAUCUCCCCAAAGCAGGCCCAGAUCAAGAGCUGGACGUGCCCCCAACCGCCUCCUCCAAACCCACGGCCCAAACUUGCAAGCCUACCAACACCACCCCCCUUCCUCCACAACCAACCCGUCCAUCAACCCGGAAACCGGAAAAUGGCGGCCACGGCACCAAUGGACGCCUUUCUCAGAUAUGUUGUAUGCUAAGCGCUGCAUGGCAAUCCUCACUUCCGAGAGCCCGAGAAAGAGUAAUCUUUUGAUUAUGAAGGGGAAGAGAUGGGUUGUUGAUUGGGGUUCGGGAACGCUGAGGAAAUGGGUCCCGGAAAUGGAAUCGGGAUUGGGGUUACCUGAUUAUGCUGAAGGCGACACCAGAGGUGGUGCCAAAGAACAGCUCUGGAGGGUUUCGCAGUUUGGCGAGCUGGUUAGGCUAUGA